CAUAAUUAUUUUCGUGACUAGUAAUCAUCUCAUCGGAAAGAGCAUUAUAACGUUGAAGUAGUUUUGUUUUGCAAAUUAAAAUUGGGGAAUGGCAGCGACAAUAAGAUUGGUUGAUGGCCUACUUAUUUCUUUGGUCAUUGUGAUGGUGAAAAUUAGCGAUGCUCUACAAGUACAAAAGCUUCAAAAACCAGGAUUGAUGAAUUGCAGAUUUGAUAAAAUAUAUCAGUUUGGUGACUCAAUUUCUGAUACAGGCAAUUGCAUCAGAGAGAGCCUUUGUGGAGCUCAUUCAUCCUGUACAAGAACUCCUUAUGGAAUGAACUUUUUCCAUAAAGAAGCAACUGGCCGUUGUUCUAAUGGCAUGCUCAUCAUUGAUUUCAUAGCGCUGGAAUCUGGUCUGCCUCUCCUAAAUCCAUACAAGGAUCAAAAUGCAAAUUUUAGACAUGGUGCAAACUUUGCAGUGGCAGGGGCUACUGCUUUAUCAGCCCCAGUCAUGGCAGAAAAGAAGAUUGCUAUGUCCAUCACAAAUAGUUCAUUAAGUGUGCAACUUGAUUGGAUGUCUUCUCACUUGGAAACAACAUGUUCCACUGAUUGCCCAACAAAAUUGAAGAAGUCGCUUUUCCUAGUUGGAGAAAUUGGAGGAAACGAAUUGAAUUACGGCUUAUCGCAAGGUAAAACCAUGGACGAGUUGCGAAGCAUGGUGCCAGAUGUUGUUCAGACCAUCAUUCUUGGUGUUAAAAGAGUGAUAGGUUUUGGGGCUACUCGAAUUGUAGUUCCAGGCAAUUUCCCAAAAGGUUGUGGUCCAGCUUUCCUAACACUAUUCAUGACCAACAAAUCAACUGCCUAUGAUGAGUACCAUUGCUUGAAAGACUUAAAUAAUUUGACAAUCUUCUACAAUCAUCAUUUGCAACAAGCCAUUGAUGAGUUGAAGAAAGAGUAUCCAAACAUUACACUCAUUUAUGGUGACUACUACAACGCCUUUAUGUGGCUUCUGCAAAAUGCUGUCACUCUUGGAUUCGACAAAAACUCUCUACAGAAAGCAUGUUGUGGAAUAGGAGGUGACUAUAAUUAUGACAUAAGUAAGAAAUGUAGUGCUCCAGGAGUCCCAGUAUGUGUUGACCCUAGUACUCACAUCAGUUGGGAUGGAGUUCAUUUGACACAAGCAGCAUACGGUUGGUUAGCAAGAUGGCUAAUUGAUGACAUGUUACCCCAGUUGAACUGCCAUGUUUAACUUCUUGGCAAACUGCAUGAAUCAGAAUGGACAUUCAAAUGAGUACUUCUCGAGAGUAGUGCGAGUUUAAGGUAAGCCAUUGUCUGAUUGAUGACAAGAUAAACUGAAAUAUCAAGUGAUUCGUCAUUAUUGGGAAAGUGCAUCAAUGUUACUCUCUUGAAUGCUAUUCUCUCAAUUUGAGCAAUUCAAAUAGCGCCUUCAAUUGGGAUAGGCCAACAAAUCUUUCUUUAGAGGCUUGAUUUACGUAUAGAUACAUAGCUCACAUUUGUUAUGAACUCUACCUGUCAAGAGCACCAUAUCUGUGAGUGUUCAACCUAGAGGGAUCUUUGUAAAGUAAUUUACCCUUUGAUUA